GAUAUUGUAGCAUCGGACAAAGUAUUCGUGUGUACCAGUCCAUACAUCCGUGUUGAUAUAAAGUAAACCACAAUAGUUUUUCCCGCCGUUUUCGAACUGUGACAUGAGCAAGUCUUCCGAACUCUUUGAAAGUUGUUGUCAAGCGCUAGUAGAUUACCUACGCAGUCAUAAACUCGGACAACUGCAGUAUCCACCUGAAUUUACAGCAAACGUUACAAGAGGUCUUCGUCAGCAAGCAGGCUUUUUCAAAGAGGAGGAUGGAGUGCUCUACCACAAGCAAGUAGACUCUACGUCAAACACCAUCAACCUUCAGCGGGUAAUAGUGUCGAAAGAAGAAAAACUGCGCGUCAUUCAAGCUUGCCAUGAUAGUAUUGAUGGCUGUCACGUUGGUCGCGACAAAUCCUCAGCAAGGAAGUACUUUAUCAGAAAUGUCAGGGUCUCCUUGAAUCUGUUCCAUUCUUUCAGAAUGCUGAUCAUGGCUUUGUUUCAUCCAUUCUUACUAACCUGCAGUUGGAAUUGUUUUUGCCUGACGAUGACAUUGUUCAAGUUGGAACAAUGGGAAAUAAGAUGUACUUUAUCCAACGUGGACUUGUUGAUGUGGUGGACAAGUGUGAUAGAGUUUAUGCAAGAUUAGCUGAAGGAGCUCACUUUGGAGGUUAGAUAACUGAGAUUAGAUGUUCUUUAGUUGGCAACUGUAUGUGCUCAUCUGAAAUAGAGUGCAUUUUGUCAGAAUGAUGUACAACGUCAGUUUAGAUUGUAUAUGUUAAUUGAU